GUCCUCCUGGUCCCCCAGGGGUUGUAAUAGUGGAGGAAAUUACAGACACCACAGCAACACUUUCCUGGAGUCCUGGGGCAGACAAUCACAGCCCUAUCUCCCUCUACAACCUGCAAGCACGCAGUCCAUUUUCUCUUGGCUGGCAGACUGUAAAAACAGUUCCAGAUGUGAUAAGUGGUGACAUGGAGUCUGCUAUGGCUGUUGAACUGAACCCUUGGGUGGAGUAUGAGUUCAGAGUUGUAGCAACCAACAAAAUUGGGACCGGAGACCCAAGUGCACCAUCACGACUGAUCAGAACCAACGAAGCAGUUCCAAAGAUACCUCCAGCUAAUGUAAGUGGCAGAAGUGGAAGGCGACAUGAAUUAGUAAUAGCAUGGGAGCCAGUGUCAGAAGAAUUUCAGAACGGAGAAGGAUUUGGUUAUAUUGUAGCCUUCAGACCCAAUGGAACACGUGGCUGGAAGGAAAAAAUGGUCACAUCUUCAGAUGCCUCAAAGUUCAUCUACAGAGAUGAAAGUGUGCCACCUCUGACUCCUUUUGAGGUGAAAGUUGGUGUUUAUAAUAACAAAGGAGAUGGCCCCUUCAGCUCUAUUGUGGUCAUCUGUUCAGCUGAAGGAGAACCCACUGCUGCUCCCAUCGAUGUCAAAGCUACGAGUUUGUCUGUAUCAGAGAUUCUUGUUGCGUGGAAACAUAUUAAAGAAAGUCUAGGAAGACCACAGGGAUUUGAGGUUGGUUACUGGAAGGACAUGGAGCAGGAAGAAGCAGGAGAAAAAGUCAAAACUGAGGGAAAUGAGUCAUCCAUCCUCCUGACAGGAUUAGAAGGAAACACGUUGUAUCACCUAACAGUGAGAGCGUACAACGCUGCAGGGUAUGGACCACCUAGCACUGUUGUGCGUGUAGCAACCAAGAAGUCCCCUCCUAGCCAGGCACCGAGCAAUAUUAUGUGGAUACAGGAUGGUUCUCAUGUGUCUCUUGGGUGGGAGCCAGUCAGACCUCUAGAAAAUGAAUCUGAUGUAAUGGGAUACAAGGUAUUAUUUAGGCAAGAAGGCCAGAGCAACAGUCAAGUUAUAGAAACACAGAAAACCUCUGCAGUGGUGCUUCUUCCUGAUGUUGGUGUCUACAUCAUCGAGGUCUGUGCAGUCAGUGAAGGAGGGGAUGGGACUUCAAGUCCCCAGAUCAGAGUUCCAUCUUUUUCAGGAGGGAAAGUAACAAGUGCUCAAUCCACCUUACAUGUGUUGUCUACUUCUUCCUCUGUAACAUUGCUCUUGGCACUGAUGAUUCCUUCAACCUCAGGGUGAAGACUGCAGACUUUGUUGUUGUUAUUCGUUUGCUUAACUUGAUGACACCAAGGGAUGGAGUUUUAUGUCUGUGGAGAAACUGGAAACCCAAGUUAAUGCUUAAAGACCCUUAGAAAUACCUGUGGUACGCUUAGAGGAGUGUUGGAGACACAGUCAAUAAUUCAUCAGGUUUUUUCUCUUUUUUUGUAAAAGUCCUCUAGGGAGGGGACGUUCCUUGGCCCAAAAAUAUGCAGAUUGUAUGUAAUAAACUUUUGUAAGCAAACGAAAUCUCUGUCAAACAUACUUUACUUUUUUAAUAUGUUCCAUUUUGGUGAACCCAGUCAUGUAUCAUUAGGUGUUUAAAUAGUGAUAACUGGUACAGUACAUCUGUUUUGUUUGGAAAAAAAAAAUUAAAUAUAGAACAAAGUUUGAUACAGCUUUGUCAAAUAUUUUCCUUGCAUCCCCUAUGGCUAGCUGUUCCUACUGACAAGAGAGAAAAAUAUAGUUUAGAUACACAGCCCACUGCAAAAGUACAGAUAAUUUGUUCUGAAAAUGUAUUAAUAUGUAUUUAAUUAGCAGAAAGAAUUGUCAAUAGUAGACAGCACACUCAGAAAGUUGCAUAAUGGAGCAGAAAAGCCAUUUAUUUUAUUACAAGGUAAAUGGAAAAUUAUUACACACAAACUUAAAAGGAAACAAGUUUGUUUUUUAUCAAAUAUUACAUGAUUUAAUGUCAAAAGAAUAAAAUAUUUAUUUUCAAUAGUAAA